CCCCCUACUUACUCAUUUUUUGCGGAGAUUCACAGCGAUUUCUCCGCCAGCUCUCUCUCUCUCUCUCUCUCUCUCUCUCUCUCUCACUUACGCCCUCCCUCUUUCCUAUUUACAGUAGUCCGUCCAUUCACCGUCGAAUCCCUUGGGGCGAUUCUCCUCCAUUUCCGAUAUCUCGCUGAGUCUGCGGUCAGCCAUCUCGAGAUGUCGAAGGCAGGCGCAUUGGAUCUGGCGACGGGACUCGGCGGGAAGAUCGACAAGAGCGAAGUUCUCUCCGCCGUUGACAAGUAUGAGAAGUAUCAUGUAUGCUAUGGAGGUGAAGAGGAAGAAAGGAAAAGUAAUUAUGCCGACAUGGUUAACAAAUAUUAUGAUCUUGUCACAAGCUUCUAUGAGUUUGGCUGGGGAGAAUCUUUUCAUUUUGCACCUAGAUGGAAAGGGGAAUCAUUGCGGGAGAGCAUUAAGAGGCACGAGCACUUUCUUGCUUUGCAACUCGGAUUGAAGCCAGGGCAUAAGGUGUUGGAUGUUGGAUGUGGGAUCGGCGGUCCACUGAGGGAAAUUGCUCGUUUCAGUUCUACAUCUGUCACGGGACUGAACAACAAUGAAUACCAGAUAACAAGGGGAAAGGAGUUGAACCGCAUAACAGGAGUGGACAAGACAUGCAACUUUGUCAAGGCUGACUUCAUGAAUAUGCCGCUUCCAGACAAUACUUUUGACGCUGUCUAUGCAAUCGAAGCUACCUGCCAUGCACCUGAUGCGUACGGAUGCUACAAAGAGAUCUACAGAGUGUUAAAACCUGGCCAAUGUUUUGCUGCUUAUGAAUGGUGUAUGACUGAUUCCUAUGAUCCCAAAAACCAAGAGCACCAGAAAAUCAAGGCAGAAAUUGAGCUUGGAGAUGGCCUUCCAGACAUCAGGUUGACUAGGCAAUGCCUGGAAGCUCUGAAAAAGGCUGGCUUUGAGGUGUUAUGGGAGAAAGAUCUUGCUACGGAUUCGCCUAUCCCCUGGUACCUGCCUCUGGAUAAGAACCACUUCUCGUUGAGUAGCUUCCGCUUGACUGCGCUUGGACGUUUUGUAACUAGAAACAUGGUCAAGGCUCUUGAAUAUAUUGGGCUUGCUCCAAAAGGAAGCCAGAGGGUCCAAGGUUUUCUUGAAAAAGCCGCAGAAGGACUAGUCGAAGGUGGAAGGAAAGAAAUUUUCACGCCAAUGUACUUCUUUGUGGCACGCAAGCCUCACAAUGAGAGUCAGUGAUGUGCUCAUGCAUACUAGUUGGUCAUUGGACUUGAAAGUUUCGACUGGUUUAAUAUGUUGGACAUGAAUGCGACUCAUCUAGCCAGGACUAGGUUCCUAUCCGUUGUUUGUACCAGGUCAGUUUUUAUGUCGUACUUCCUUUGACUCGGUUGUCUGCUUGAGAGAUCUUUGGAUCGGGGUAGCUGAUUGUGUUUCAGUUGACCUGGUGAGUACUUGUUCGAGCCAACUGCUGUCCUAAACUUUAAGUUGUUGCUUUCUGUUACACUGGUAAACAAAUCCAUGUAGUUUAUUGGCAAUUUGAUUUUGUUCCUUGGCAUGUGAUGACGGGCAUCGAGUAUUACUCCUUUUGACUGUAUGUCCAUCUGGUUUGAUGGAAUGAAUGGAUACAGCACGAUACAUAUGA